ACGCAUCUCACGAUCCAUACAGCAGUUUACUCUUCUCCUCUUCAGCUUCGUCGGAGCCAAUCACCACCUAUACCGCCAAUGCCUCCGUCUAGCAAGCAUGUCGUUUUUGACAUUGUCGGCACGUGUGUGGGAUACGAUGUUUGGUUGGAUGCGGUAGAGGCACGUCUGGGGGAGGGCUUCCGCAGAGAGGGAAUCAAGCCUCAGCUGUUUGCCUUCGCCUGGAUGGAAGCUUGUGAGCGCGAGUACACGUAUCUUUCGAUUUCCGGUCGAUACACCGUCUGGUCGAAGAUUCAGGCUGCACUGUUCUACCGCGUCCUCUACCAGGCCGGCAUACAGGAACCGCGAAAGUUUGCAAGCGAAGAGGACCUCAAAGCCAUCUUACAUGCAUAUGAUAGCCUCACGCUGAGGGAAGGCGUGUCGGAGGCAUUUGCCAAGCUGCGAGCUGCUGGCUUCACGUGCUGGGGCCUGACAAUGGGGGACAAGAAAAGAGUUGGAGGCUACUUCAAGGCAGCAGGCCUUCACAUGCCCGACCAGAACCUCAUGUCCUGUGACGAAAGCGGAGUUGGCAAGCCGGACCCCAAGGCGUACAGGCCAGUGUUGGAAGCACUCGGAGACGGCGAGAAGUGGUUUGCAGCGGCGCACAUGUGGGACGUCUCGGCCGCGAAGAUGGUAGGCUUCAAAGGAGCUUAUACCACCAUUUGGGAAAAGGAGCCUUGCACCGAGAUCUUCGGUGAGAUGGACGUGAUGGCGGAGACGCCGCUUGAAAUGGCAGAGAAGAUAAUCGCGGCGUCGUCAUAAAGGACUUAGCCGCACGUAAGAAAAAUGGUAAUAGUUGGCCGU